UAAAAACGCAACUUCCCUUUUUAUCUUUUUUCUCCAAAACGGAUCAAAAACGAUCAAGUCUACCGAAUUUAAGACAAAUAGAAAGUGAUAGCGAACGAUUACAAUAUGUUAAAAGUAUUAUACGAUCUCGACCAAAAACUUGUCUUUCUACUUGGGAUAUAAACACUCCAUUUAGACUUACUGACGUAUCUAUUCGUGCUAAUUAA